AAAUAAAAAACCGUCCUGCAGGAAGUCAAACGUUGCGCAUGCGCAGUUCCACCACACUGUGCUUCCUGCAUGUGUGUUUGUGUGUGAAUGUUUAACUAAAGUGUUCAAAGUUUAGAGGAGCCUCACACUUGUGCACAAUGUGCUCCUCCGGAUCCCCCAUGCAGGUCUUCGCCCUGCGGCUCGGCCCGGGUCAGGAGCUGCUCGGCGCUCUGCAGAACUUCGUGGAGGAGAAACGUCUCCGGGCGCCGUUCGUCAUCACCUGUGUGGGCAGCCUCACCAAGGCGACGCUGAGGCUAGCCAACGCCACGGCGACAAACACUAACGAGGUGCUCCACCUCAGCGGGCAUUAUGAGAUCGUGUCCCUGGUGGGGACCCUGAACCCGGAGGCCCACCUCCACAUCUGCCUGUCCGACGCAGCGGGGGGCACGGUGGGGGGCCACGUGCUGGGAGACCUGGAGGUGUUCACCACGGCGGAGCUGGUGCUGGGGGAGGCGGGGGGGCUGGCGUUCAGCCGGGAAAUGGACGAGAAGACCGGCUUCCCCGAACUGGUGGUGAAACCUCGGACAACUGAACAGUGACAGAGUACAAUGAGCCGACUCAAAGAGACUCGGAUGUGAAGACAUUCAGCCAAGGACACGUCCCGACCCUGGAGACGCACAUCGCCGCCCGUCGUCCUGCUGGGCGUUUCAUGUUCGUGCUAAAGGGAUCCGCUAAUCAAAGGCGCCAUUUAGCCUGCCGCUCUGUUAGCAUGAAGCUACAGGCGGGAAAUAGAGAUCUUAUUACCCUCGACGAGCUCCUUUAUUAAAGUUAUUUUACCGAACUGA